AUUUUCGCGGCGCACCGUUUGUAUAAUCGGGAGAACGUUAGAUGAUCUAUGUUUAGCCUAAGGAAGGCGAAGGAAAUAAUGUCACUAAAUGGAAGUAGAAAUGAAAGAGGACAUGGAAAGAGAGGGACCACAAAAAGGAGACAAUACUCCAGGGAGGCACUAGAGACGGCUGUAGAGAAAGUAAAAGCUGGAAUGAGCCUUAGAGAAGCUUCCCGUGAGUCAGGGAUUCCUCACACCACUCUCCAAGAUCACAAAAAGAACAAAUAUGCCUUUGCCCCUCACCCCAACCUGGCAAUAACCACUGAGGAAGAGCACUCCCUAAUAUCUUAUGUCCUCUGGAUGGCCGACCAUGCGUUCCCUAUCAGCAGGACUGUGGUGAAGGCUCUGGCUGUGGCCAUCAUCAAGGAGAGUGGCCGUAGCACCGUCGUCAAUCUGGAAAGGGGACUGAGUGACAACUGGUGGUCUAGAUUCAGGGCUCGCCACCCUGAGCUGAGCGCCAGGGUGCCCGACCCGCUCCACCGGGCCAGGGUACAGGGAGCUACUCCUGCCGCCAUCAAGGGCUUCUUUGAUGUCUACGAGCCCAUCUUCGUCAGCCACGGCUUAGAACACAAGCCGCACCUCAUCUUCAACUGUGACGAGAUGGGGUUUUCUGACAGGCUCAAGUCCGGGGAGAAAGUUCUCUGUCGAAAAGGCAGGAAACACAUCUAUCAACAGCAGCAGCAGCAGCAGCAGCACACCACUAGGGAACAUAUUACCGUGCGCUGCUGUGUGAGUGCAGCUGGUGAGAGUAUCCCGCCUUUUAUAAUCUUCCACAAGUGCCAGCCCAGUACGGCCUAUGCCCUCGAGGGUCCACCGAAGGCCCUCUAUGGUGUGUCCCCUAAAGGCUACAUGGACGCAGAACUUUUCCUGAAGUGGCUGCUCUUCUUCGUGAAGCACGGCCCAAAGGACAGGCCCCUGGUGCUCGUAGUGGACCAGCAUAAAACUCAUCUGUCCAGGGAGGUGGUCAAGUUUUGCCGGGAAAAUCAGGUGGAGGUGGUCUGUCUGCCGGCGAACACCCACGUGUUGCAGCCAUUGGAAAUCAGCGUCUUUGGCCCACUGCAGACUGUGUUCAGCAGGAAUGCUGCACGUCUUGGUCUGGUGCGGGGCGAUCGUGUCGUCGGCAAGAAGCACUUCUCCGCCAUGCUGCGAGAGGCCUAUCCCCAGGCGGUCACUAAGGAAAACAUUAUGGCUGGGUUCAAGAAGGCAGGGAUUUUCCCCCUCAACAGAGAGGCCUUUGACUCCUGCCAGCUGGUGAAGCUGGAGCCGACCAGCCCCGACCCCAACGCAGCAACCUCAGAGGCCACUGCAGGAGCCUCCGACCCCAAAGCAGCAGAGACCCCUGCAACCACAGCAACGACCACGUUUCUUGUCCCGGGUGGCUGCUGUUCGACCUGCGGGCAGCGUGCCCUACCCACAAACCCUUUGGUGGCCGCAGGACGCGUCUCUCCAGACCCGGCCAAUGUCCUGGUGCCCCCAGUCUUUCGGACAUCGAACCGGCAGAAAGUGAAGCGUCGACUCCUGCUGCCGGAGGACUACAACCAACUCCUUCAUCAACAGGAGGCUGGAGAGCAGGAGAAGCAGGAGAGAAAGAGGAAGUGGGAGGAGCUGCAGAGGACGAGAGAGAAGAGAGAGUGCGGCAGAAACACCAAAGUGAAAAGGAAAUGGCAGGCUGAGGUAUCAGAGCUUGACGGAGAUGUGUCAGAGCACUGUGCACCAGUGUCAGAGGACGAUGUCUGUUUGCAGCCCCAAUUACCUUGGGUUUUCAGUUUUCCAUCUUUUGAUAGUUUGCUCUAAUCAUAUGAGAGAUGAUGCUCUGAAGCUCGCUGUCAUCAGAAGUAAUCUGGUUAUGUCUGAGAGGAAAUUGAGAUAGUAACAGAAUAAGAAGA